CCUUGGGAAAAGAUCUCCAGCUUUUAUCCUUGGCAUUGAAGAUCUUACAUUUACAAGUUCAUUUGGUUAAAGACCCCUUGAUGCAGCAGGUGAAAGAUCUGUUCAGAAGAUUGUGCCCAUGGAUAAAUCAGAUGAUGGAUACUCAAGCCUGGUCUCAAAGGUUCUAGUGGGGCAUUUGGAGCUGCAACACAGUACUGAGUACACAGAGGCCUGCUGGGUGCUAGGAGCUACUGACUCACAUGGAGAAAGACCGUUGGACUAUCAAGUGUCCUCAGCCUUGAUAAUCUUCCCUUCAAAUAGAACCACCAGCUGGUAGUGGCUAUCUGAGAGGAUUAGGAUAUUCUACACACACCUUAGCCAGGUGUUCAACAAAACAGUAAAAAAUCAUACCUGAUUGAGCUCUGCCUGCUUCAGUGGGAUGAAAAUAAGUGCUGAACUUGGUCCACUUCCUGUCUGAAAGGAGCAGAGAGGAGGAGAGUGUAUGCUGCUUUGUAUCUUAUGGGCAGUCUGUUCCUCCCGAUAAAAACUUGUUGGAGCUAGAUCCACAAAGACGUGCUACAGCUGCUGGAAACCAACUCUUCCCACAGGGCUGCAGAAGCACGCAUCUACUCACCUUCACACCAAGCAGAAGCAGAUUCAGAAUGUGGUUGCUUCCCCCAUGGAGGAAAAAUUUCAUGAGAGAUACUGAGACAGCUACUACUCGUGUGAACUUCUAGUUUCACAGGUUCCAAAGUGAGAGCCCAACCAGUCCUGGACACCAGCAGUAAGUGGAAGCCACCAAUGCCUUGCAACUCAGAUGACUAUGAGUUGAUUCUGAUGACAUUAUUACCAUGGAGGAGCAGAUUUAUCUUCUCUUGGAAGCCAAAGUUCAGUGUGAACUGAAUAUUACUGCCCAGCUGCAGGAGGGAGAAGGAAACUGCUUUCCAGAAUGGGACGGCCUCAUCUGUUGGCCAAGAGGAUCUGUGGGAAAAAUAUUAGCUGUUCCAUGCCCUCCUUACGUAUAUGAUUUCAAUCACAAAGGAGUGGCUUUCAGACAGUGUAGCCUCAAUGGAACAUGGGAUUUUGUGCAGAGUUUAAACAAAACGUGGGCCAAUUAUUCUGAAUGCCUUAAUUUCUUACAGCCAGAAGUCAGCUCAAGAAAGAAGGAAUUUUUUGAUCGCCUCUAUUUAAUGUAUACUGUGGGAUACUCCAUUUCCUUCACUUCGCUGGCAGUGGCUAUUUUCAUCGUUGGCUACUUCAGACGGCUGCACUGCACGAGGAAUUACAUCCACAUGCACUUGUUUGUCUCCUUUAUGCUAAGAGCUGUCAGCAUCUUUAUCAAGGACAAAGUAGUGCAUGCUCACGUGGGGAUCAAAGAGCUGGACUCCCUGUUGACAAAUGAUCUUCAAAGCAUUGCAGUACCUCCUUCUGUGGACAAGUCACGAUAUGUUGGGUGCAAGAUUGCUGUAGUGACGUUCAUUUACUUCUUGGCCACCAAUUACUACUGGAUCCUGGUGGAAGGCCUCUACUUACACAGCCUAAUCUUUGUUGCUUUCUUUUCGGAUAGCAAGUACCUCUGGGGCUUUACCUUGAUAGGCUGGGGAUUUCCAGCUGUCUUUGUUGUGGCCUGGGCGGUGGCUCGUGCAACAGUAGCAGAUGAAAGAUGCUGGGAGCUGAGUGCUGGAGAGAUCAAAUGGAUUUAUCAAGCACCAAUUUUAGCAGCUAUUGGGCUGAACUUCGUUUUGUUCCUGAAUACUGUACGGGUUCUGGCAACUAAAAUUUGGGAGACGCAUGCUGUUGGCUAUGACACAAGAAAGCAGUAUAGGAAGCUAGCAAAAUCCACCUUGGUUCUCAUCCUGGUCUUUGGAGUACACUAUAUUGUCUUUGUGUGCCUACCACAUACAUUCACUGGGCUUGCUUGGGAGAUCCGCAUGCACUGUGAGCUAUUCUUCAAUUCCUUCCAGGGUUUCUUCGUUUCUAUCAUCUACUGUUACUGCAAUGGGGAGGUUCAGACUGAGAUCAAGAAGACUUGGACAAGGUGGAAUCUUACUGUUGACUGGAAGAAGACGACACCAUGUGGCAAUUACAGAUAUGGCUCUGUUCACACCCACCUGACCCAUAGCACCAGCAGCCAGUCACAAAUGGUGGCUAGCUCCCGUUUGCUCAUUUCCAGCAAAGCCUCCAGAAAUACCAGUAAACAGAGUGAGCCACAUGCAAAUUUGCCUGGGUAUGUUAGAAGCAACUCUGAGCAAGACUGCAUUCAGCAUUGGGUUCACAAGGAAGGUGGAGAGAAAGAGGUGGAUGAUGCAUCUCUGAAGGAGGCUCUUAUGCUUCAAAAUAUCUCUACAGAGGGGAUCAGAGGAGGAAUUGAGGAAGGGCUGUGA